AUGUCUCUAUCAUACCGUCCUUACGAGUUUGGUUUUCCAGGCCUGCUUGCUAUGGUUGUUGUAACCACAGCACUCGUUAUCUAUACAAAGAUAUACUUUUGCGGCAGCAGUCUGGAUGGAGAACGCAUACCUUCCGCACCAUACAGGAUUCCAUUUCUUCGCAACACGAUCCCCUUUCUUUUCAACUCACACCAGUACCUUGUUAACCUGCGUGAGAAAUUUGGUACAUCGCCAGUCCGACUAUCCGUUGGCGGCCAGAACAUCAUCUACAUACCACACAGCGACGGCACAGCAACCAAGAUGCUCAAAUCCCGCAACCUAACACAAACACCCCUAAUAAUCAAACACCUGCGAGACAACUUCGGCAUGCCAGAACGCGACCUCCGUCUCUACUCCGACCAAAGCGACAAUAACCCCAGUCAAGCAGACCACCGCGCCCUACACAGCAUGCUCAGCGGAACCACCCUUGAAACAUUCGCCGACAUCACAGCCACUCAACUGGUGAAAUCAAUCGAAGCAAAACGUGCAGAAUGGACAGACUGGGUCGAACUCCCUGACCUAUACACUUUCGUCCGCGACGAACUCUCCCGCGCGCAAAUGUACGCUCUCUGCGGGUCAGAAAUCUUCAACGUAGCCCCAACCCUGAUGCACGAUUUCUGGGAAUUCGACAAGCAACUACCCAAUCUCUUCAAAGGCCUUCCCACCUGGAUGAUCCCCAAGGCCAUCGCCAGCCGGAACAAAAUGACAUCCCACAUCCAUAACUGGCAUACCCGUCUCCGCGAAGCACCCCCACCAAACCCCGACACCACACCCUGGGACCCCAUCCACGGUCUCCGCCUCAUGUCCUCCCGUCGCAAGAUCUGGCAUGAACUGUCCCCCGAAGGCCAAGUCGUGCAAGACCUAGGCCUGAUCCGAGCGUCCAUCUCCAACUCCACCGCAGCAACCAUCUGGCCCAUCCUCGCCACCCUGCACCACCCCACCCUCACCCCGCGCAUCCUCGCCGCCACAACCCCCCACUUCACCCCACCCACUCUAUCCUUCAACCGCCAAACCCUAACCACAAUCCCCCUCCUCAACUCCCUCUACCUCGAGUCCCUCCGCUACAGUACCGCGGUGGCCAUAACACGCCAACCCAGAGCCCCUGAUAUCAAAAUGGGAAACCACACAUUCAACCACUCCGACACCCUCCUCGCCCUCAACUGGACAGCCCACUACGAUUCAUCUUUCUGGAAUGAAGGCGCGAUACGGCCCAAUAUUACCGAGCCAGAACAUCCAGUGGAGGAGUUCUGGGCUGAGCGAUUCCUUAAGUACCCCAAUGAUCCAUACAGUGGUCCGAUCCGGACCUCAACACCCCUCCCCCCAGCAACCCGUACCAAACCAAGCAUACACACCGCCGCAGACGACGCCACUGCAAAACUCAUAACCACCGGCUUACAGGAUAACUUCUUCCCGUAUGGCGGGGGAAGCAAUAUUUGUCCGGGCCGACAUUUCGCGAAACAGGAGAUUAUAUUCACUGUUGCUGUCAUGAUAAGAGCGUUUGAGAUGGAGGUGCUGGAGCCGGAGGUGUUGGAGGGGGUUAGGCCGGAUGAACGGUACUCGUUGAUGGGGAAUUUACCGCCUGAUCGGGGGGUUAGGCUUAGGGUGAGGGGGAGGAGGAUUUAG